UCCCACUCUGGUAAACCUCGGCUCCUCAGACCUGGAGUUUGUCCACGUUUACAGCCUCAGCCCCACAUCCGCAGCGCAAACAGCGCACACCACGCAGGCCUUCGCAUUAACGCUCCAGAAGUGUGUUAGUGGCCCCUUUUUAAUUUAUUUACGUCUACCGAGUUCACCGACUUCCUCGUGUCAAAAUGUUUGUCCACUGCGUGGUGUUUGCUUCGCUCUUCGCUUGUUUUUCCGUGAAGUGCAACCCCAGUCCGGUGUUAGGAGAUGUCGUCGUGGACAGAUACUACAUCCCUCAGAACUGCGCACGAGAAGUAAAAAGCGGAGAUUAUGUUCGGUACCACUAUAACGCAUCGUUUCUGGAUGGGAAAGCGCUCGAUUCAAGCCAUCAGAGAGGAGCCGCUAAGGUGGGCCUGAUUGGGGAGGGCCGCCUCAUCGCUGGGGUGGAUAAAGGCCUGCAGGGGAUGUGCGUGAAUGAACGCAGGAAAAUCACUGUCCCGCCACACCUGGCUUACGGAGACACCGGCGCAGGUGAUGCCGUUCCUCCUGAGACCACGCUUGUGUUUGACAUCCACCUCCUGGACCUGUGGAACAAGGCUGACCUGGUCCUCACCAGAACCAUCAGCACUCCCAAAGAAUGCAAGCGCUCGGUGAUGCGCACCGAUUUUGUGCGUUACCACUUUAACGGCACUCUGCUCGAUGGCACCACCUUUGACUCCAGCUACAUCAGGAAGCAGACCCAGAACUCUCUGGUGGGCGAGGGCUGGCUGAUCAAGGGCAUGGACGAGGGUCUGCUGGGCAUGUGUGUGGGAGAGAUCCGACACAUCGUCAUCCCUCCCUUCAAAGCAUACGGAGAAAAGGGAUCAGGGACAGAGAUCCCCCCCCAGGCGACUCUGGUCUUCGAUGUCCUGUUGGAGGACAUCCACAACCCAAAGGACAACAUCACCAUAGAGAACCAGGUGGUGCCUGAGCCAUGCACUCGCAGAUCUGUGGUGGGAGAUUAUAUUCGGUAUCAUUACAACGGAACCUUCCUGAACGGCGUGACCUUCGACACAAGCUACCAGAGGAACAGCACCUACAACACCUACAUCGGGAUGGGGUAUGUGAUCCCGGGUGUGGACCAGGCCCUGCUGGGAGUCUGCUUUGGGGAGCGGAGGAGAGUCACCGUUCCUCCACAUCUGGCUUAUGGAGAACAAGGGGCUGGUGAUGUGAUCCCCCCAUCAGCCGUUCUAGUCUUUGACAUCCAUGUCAUCGACUUCCACAACCCCAACGACAAGGUGGAGAUCCAGGUGACCUACAAACCGGAGGUGUGUAACAACACCACAGCCGUGAACGACCUGGUCCACUACAACUACAACUGUACUCUGGUGGACGGGACGCUGCUCUUUUCCUCACACGACUACGAGAACAUUCAGGAUGCGGUUCUGGGGGCAGACAAGGUGAUCGACGGGCUGGACGAGGGUCUGAGGGGCAUGUGUGUGGGAGAGAAGAGGCUGGUUACAGUGCCGCCACACUUUGGGCAUGGAGAAAGAGGAGGGGCUGGCGUUCCAAGCAGUGCUGUACUGGUCUUCGACAUCGAACUGGUGAGCUUUGAGAAAGGCGUGCCGCCCGGUUACAUGUUCGUGUGGCUCGAGGACUCCCCUGCAGAUCUGUUCAAUGCUCUGGAUGCAAACAAGAACGGAGAGGUGCCACAGGAGGAGUUUGGAGAUUUCAUCAAGCUGCAGGUUGCAGAGGGAAAAGGCCGGAUAAAACCUGGACUGACCAUGGAACAGGUAGUGACCGAGAUGUUCAAAAACCAGGACCGCAAUAAAGACGGAGUGAUCAAAGCCGAGGAGCUCAAACUGAAAGUGGAGGAAGACAAAGAGCGGGAACAUACGAGGCAUGAGGAGUUGUGAGGGGGGGAAGAAAAGGUUUUCUCAGGGAUAAACCUCCAAACUCCUUAAAGAACAACACAAAGCAACAGUUUCUAUCCAUCAUCAUCAGUUUAUUAUUGGACAGUUUUGUGAAAUUACCAGAAGACGGUAAAAAAAACAAAAAAAGUUUGUGUUACUGAAACAAGUGUGUGAGACAAGCACCUUUAUGUGUCCCUGAAAGCUGUAAUAAAUUUGAGUGUUUGUAAGAAAAUAAACAGUUGUUCCAAAUGGUCA